GUCAGGAGCAUUCUCCACCUCAUCAUCAAUCCCCAGAGCUUUUCCCGAUCCAUGGAAGGUCUAUUCUAUCUUGUAUCUUUUUCCGGACCGGUUCUACCAGCGCUAUUGUUUGUUUUAAUGUCCCGGAUUCAUUUGCAACAUCGUGCCGUUCGUCCUGACAUCUGCCCGAAGGCACUCAUUGAUGUGCUCGUCAUCUCGAUUUGUCAGUCUGUCAAGACAGCCAGACAAAUGUGACAGGUACCCAGCUUCCUGUCCAUUCCACCUGUCGUUCGAAGAAGGACGGAGUCCCCAGAAUCACUCAACGCUUUGUCCACGCCUGUUGGCAUUCGACCAGAAGUCUACCAGGCUUCACUUGAUACGACCUGGCGAAUGUGAAGGUGAAAGUUAUUCGUCGUACGAACUGAUAUUUUACAGGCGAGGAAGGGUGGUUUCUCAAUUGGGGCAACUGGAAGGCAUAGUCUCCCUACCUUUUCCUGCGACAGAGGCACCGUUCACCUAUCUGUACUGCAACUUCUCGACUGAGUUGUCGAAUAAGUUUUUACGAGGUGAAACGUAACUCAAGGGUCAAGACCUGGCAGUAUUCGACGCAUGGUGUGACUUGUCAUCGCUACAGGAACUUCUGGUCUUCA